AUUAUCAACAAAUAGAGAUGACAACUUUAAAUUAUUUAUUUUGUUUUAAAUUUUAGUAUCACUUUAAAUGCUACCCAUAAUUAAAAAACCAUAAAACUUAUUAUGGAAAACAAAUAUCACAACGGCCAAAUUCAUUUUUUCCAGGGAGAAAAGAUCAUCUGUGAAAAUCAUCCUGUCAAUUACUUAUGUCCCUUCAAUGGAAGCAUCACCGGACUUUUGGGAGUUACUAAUUUCCGAUUAACCUUUACUGCCACCCAGAAAGGUGACGUCAUAUUAGACUUACCUCUGGGUGUGGUGUACCGACUCGAAAAAAUAGGGAAUUUAUCCAGCCGAGGCGAAAAUUCUUACGGUAUCGAAGUUUAUUGCAAAGAUUUGAGAACUUUGAAAUUCGCUUACAAACCGGAAAAUCAUUCGCGACGGCAUUUUUUCGAGCAAUUAUACAAAUUAGCCUUUCCCUUGAAUCAUCAUCAACCAAUUUGGGCCUUUUCUUUCAGGGAUAAUUUCGAUGUAGAUGGAUGGAAGGUAUAUCGGGCCAGAGGAGAAUACGAAAGACAGGGACUCCCAGAUGAAUCCUGGCGGCUGACCGACAUUAAUAGAGAUUACACGUUCUGUGAUACCUAUCCUAGCUUGUUAUGCGUGCCCAGGGCAGCCGAUGAUGAUAUGCUCACAAACGUCGCCCGUUUCCGUUCAAAAAAUCGUUUGCCCGUCCUUUCCUGGAAAUGUCAUUCCAAUUCGCAAGAUCCUCGAACUCCACCACGGGAAGCCUGCCUCGUGAGGGGUGCCCAACCCCUAAGCGGUCUGCUCGGGGGCUCCUCGCCGAAAAUAGACGCCUCCUACUUGCGGCACGUGAUUGAAGCCAACGCUCAUUUUUCCCGGUACUUGACGGUGUAUGACGCCCGGCCUAGGAUCAACGCCGUGGCUAAUAAAGCCAAAGGAGGCGGUUACGAGUCGGAGGAGCACUACAAGGACACCGAACUUAUUUUUCUGGACAUUCACAAUAUUCAUGUGGUCAGGGAAAGCUUGAAAAAAUUGACUCAAGAAUGCUUCCCUUACGUGGACGAGGAACAUUGGUUGACAAAGCUAGAAGCCACCCAAUGGCUAGAACACAUUAGGACCAUACUUUUCGGUGCUUUACGGAUAGUCGAUAAAAUAGACAACCAACAAUCUUCCGUAUUCGUUCAUUGCAGCGAUGGGUGGGAUAGAACGGCUCAACUGACAUCCCUAUCCAUGUUGAUGCUCGAUCCUUACUACAGAACCAUCGAGGGAUUUGAGGUCUUGAUUGAGAAGGAGUGGAUUUCUUUCGGUCACAAAUUCGCGCAAAGAUUAUCCCACGGCUAUGACAAUUACAAUAACCCUCCCCAUUCCCACAACAACACGAAUCAAAGUCAAUCGACGACGGCAACCCAUCAACUCUCGCAAAACAACUUGACCAACAACAAUGAAUACUCCAAAAAAUAUUCUCCUCAAUCGUUUUCUCCCCUGGACAAUAGUAGUUCUAAGAAUAACAGCGGCUUUUCUCCGAGAAGCUUAGACAUUUCUUCUCCCAAGGCCGCCAACGGAAAAAAGAUUACCAUGAGUAACAACAGCCUUAAUUCCAUCAAAUCGACCGAUCACAAAACCGGCAAAAAUAAAAACAAACCUUCCGAAGUGUCUCCCAUAUUUUUGCAAUUCAUCGACUGCGUCUAUCAACUUACACGUCAAUUUCCUGCCGCUUUCGAAUUCGACGAAACCCUGCUCAUUUAUAUCCUUGACAAUCUGUACGCUUGUUUGUACGGCACCUUUCUAGGAAAUACGGAGAAGGAAAGGGUUAACGAAUUGAAGGUGACCCAAAACACGUAUUCCUUGUGGUCUGCCAUUAAUUCCAGCCUGGAAGAUUUCACCAAUCCUUUCUACAACCCUUAUUUACCAAACUUAAUUCUAUAUCCCAUCGUAACUAUAAGGCAUUUAGAAUUUUGGGACUCUUAUUACCUGAGAUGGAAUCCCUACACAAAAUGUCAAGAACCAGUACAAGCUCGCUACAAACAAUUGAACGUGAUGAAACGGGAACUUGAGCGGGAGGUGAUCGAGUUGACGGAAAAAUUAAAGCACCUAGAGCAUUUGAAAUUGACUUCCCCCAAGGUCGAUGAGGUAAACCAAUCGAAUCAUUCGGAUAAUCACGAUCAUAAUACCCACGAGGAAAAUCAGGAUUUCGAAAAUAUUCCACACCAUCAUGACAGAAACGAUUUGUGCUAGCUAGUUUAUAUUUUGAAUCAUGGACGUUUGAAGCGUAUAAAGAAUAAAUGAUUGAGGAUGUCUUAUUUCAAUUUUUUUUACAAAUUUAUUUGCCUAUCCAUGACCCUGCCGUAAAUAAAAACUACUCUCAGAUAGACUGCGAAGCGCAAAUAAGCCUAAACGAGUACGAAUACUAUAUUAAUACUCGUUUUUGGAUAGCUAAUUUUUAAGAUAUCUUAGGAUUGGUAGAUGUAUGAAUGAAAGUUAUAGAAUUUUUGAUAUUUAAAUUUAUUUCCCGCGUCACGUCUACUUAAUUUUUUAAAAUUUAAUUUAAAAAAAAAUAUAUAUAUUUUGUAAAUCAAUUCAAAUGUAAACCUUAUUAUUAUCAUUGCAAUUAUAACGACAUACUUUUUAAAAAUAUUAUUUAUUUUAUAUUCUUUUAAAAUUUUUUAUAAUAUAAUUUUAAAUGUUGAUUAUAUGUAUGCUGUAAGUUUUUAUCGCCUAUUAUAUU